AUGGAACAGUAUGCAAAAUCUGGAGAUGAUUAUGAAUGGAUUCCUAGCGAUGGUCGUUUGUAUGGUAUAUCCUUUAAGACAUCAUCAUUGGAUGAGAUCACUUAUUCGUUUUUGAAGGAGAGGAUAUGCAAGAAGAAGAGCAUAGAUCCGUGUUUAAAGGGGCUGAAUCUAAGUUACAUUCCACUGGUAGUAGAACCUAAGAUAAACCAUUCUGAAGCGUUCUCGAUUAGAACAUACAUGAAAAUGCAUUCAUGUUCUCGCGCAACUUCAAGUACUAGAAAGAAAAGGAAAGUUACACCAAGAUGUGUUGCAGCUAUAGUGCAUAAGGAUUAUCCGAGACUAUAUGAGACAGCAACAGCGAAAAUCCUGGUCAGUCUGGUGAAAAGGAGAUUGGGUGUGGAAGUGUCGUAUACGACAUGUUUGAGAGGAAAAAAACAAGCUGUUGCGGAUUUGCGUGGUGAUCCCGAGAAAGGAUACAAAAUAUUUCCUGCUUAUUUGUAUAUGUUAGAGAAGGUGAACCCGGACACAAGAACAAGUUUGUUACUGGAUAAAGACAACCGGUUCAGAUACCUAUUUAUUGCGUUGGGAGCCUCCAUUGAAGGGUUUGAAUACAUGAGGAAAGUCAUCACUGUGGAUGCAACUUUCCUGAAGACUGUUGAAGGUGGUUAUUUAAUUAUUGCCACGGCUCAGGAUCCAAACCUUCACCAUUAUCCAAUAGCCUUUGAUGUUGUUGAUGGGGAGAAAAACGAAAGCUGGAAGUGGUUUUUCAUGACGCUGAAAACUGUAAUACCGGAUUCGACGGAAUUGGUGUUUGUUUCAGACAGAAAUGCAAGUCUGAUAAAAGCGGUUGCUGAAGUGUAUCUGAUGUCUAAACAUGGGUAUUGUAUCUGA